AUGCGCAGUUAGGCACUGUCAUCUCUUCCGUCUAGAUUGAUGAAUAUAGCUUCCAUCUGACAGUUACGCCCGGCUAAAAAGCAACUGCUGGUAGAGUCCCAACAACAGGCACAAUGCAGACGAUAAAGUGUGUGGUUGUUGGUGAUGGAGCUGUGGGUAAAACCUGCCUACUUAUCUCAUACACCACAAACAAGUUCCCUUCAGAAUAUGUCCCAACGGUAUUUGACAAUUAUGCUGUAACUGUGAUGAUUGGAGGCGAGCCCUACACACUAGGAUUGUUUGAUACAGCCGGACAAGAGGAUUACGAUCGUCUCCGCCCGCUCAGCUAUCCACAAACUGACGUGUUCCUAGUCUGUUUCUCAGUAGUAUCACCUUCUUCAUUUGAAAAUGUUAAAGAAAAGUGGGUACCAGAGAUUGUCCACCACUGUAAUAAAACCCCUUUCCUCCUGGUGGGAACACAGAUAGAUUUGAGAGACGAUGCAGCCACUGUAGAGAAACUUGCCAAGAACAAACAGAAACCAAUAACAGCUGAACAAGGAGACAAGCUGGCAAGGGAACUAAAGGCUGUGAAAUUUGUUGAAUGCUCUGCACUAACACAGAAAGGCCUAAAGAAUGUAUUCGAUGAAGCAAUCCUGGCAGCUCUGGAACCCCCAGAGCCACCCAAGAAGAAGAAGUGUGUUAUUCUGUGAGAUUGCUUCAGCUACCUGCUUCAGCUAUCGGGCAAAAACAUAGCAAGACUCAACCAUGUGUAGCAGUGGCAUAUGCACCUGGUAACCCUCUGCCAAGAUUCUGCCUGUCUUGGAGAGGGUUAUCUCCCUUGGCAAGCAGCCAUUGGGCGCUCUACUGGUUUCUGGUAUUGUCAUUGGUUGGGCUACACAGUGUUAAAUGUUCACAUUCUGUCUGAAAAAACCAAAACUGUUUUUUCUGAUAACAACUUGUUGCUUUUUAUCUCUCAGAAAAAAACAAGUGAAAGACAUUAAGUUUACACCAUGGGCUGUCUCAAGCAACUAUUCUUGGAUAGCAAGAGAAUUCAAAUUUCUGAGUCUGCGUUUGGAUUUUAGAAAACAUUACUUUGUGUACAGGUAUAGUUGAAUUUUAUGCUUAGUAAGUUCUGUGUACAAACAAAGCAAGUUGUGUAAAAAGACAUGCAUAAAUAGACCCUCUCGGUCCAUGUAUAAACCAGAUGCUUAGGCUAUAUGUAAAUAUGUAGACAGUUCGAGCAUACAGCUUUCACAAAAAAGGGAUCUGUUGUCACUUCUGUCAACAGUAAAAUCUCUCUGUCACUGUCUAAGUGUUGGUGAAAAGAUAAAAAAAAUGCCUCAGAUCUCUUCUCGAGGUAAGUCAUGAAGUAAUUUAGAUUUAUCAAUGAAUGGUCAUGUGUAUUGCAUGCCUGUGGUGACUGUUGUUGCCAUGGUGGUCGUAGUUUCCAUGGAUACAGACCAAGAUGCCCA